CGUGGUGCCAGCGAGUUGACGUAUACCUACACGACCGGCUCCUCUAUCCACGUGUUUCUGUAACUGUCACGUUAGAGUGAAGAUGAAGCUCCUGCGAGUGUUCCUGGUGGCGGCGCUGACGGUGUCAUCGUCGAUGGUGCAGGGAGAUAAGCUUCCCGGCGGAGGGCACAGUAGCGGCGGCAGUGGCAACAGACUUGGACAAAGUUCACGGACACCAUCACAAAGCUACGGACUUCCUCAGCAGGGUUCCUCAUCUGGGUCCUACAACCAAGGGGGCGGUGGGUCAGGCUCGGUGGGGAGGUCAUCCAGUUCAUAUAGUUCUAAUUCUUUUGGGGAAGGAGAGAGUGUCAGCCCCCCCAGUCAAUCAUAUAGUGCUCCUCAACCCUCAACCUCACCCAGCCAGGCCUACGGCGCCCCUUCACAGACUCAAACACCAUCAAUUAGUCAGACUUAUGGACCACCUCAGACAGGCCAGACCCAGACCGUAAGUCAGACAUAUGGUACUCCCCAACAGACACAGACUCCUUCCCAGACAUAUGGCGCCCCUCAGUCCUCCAGCAGGAAUCAGGGUGUCCGACAACAGCCAUCCCAGAGCUACGGAACACCACAACAGCAGCAACAGGCGCCCUCACAAAGCUAUGGAACUCCACAACAACAGUUACAGGUUCCUUCACAAACUUAUGGAGCACCGCAACAGGCGCCUUCACAAACAUACGGAGCACCACAACAGCAGCAACAGGCGCCUUCACAAACAUACGGAGCACCACAACAGCAACAGCAGGCGCCCUCACAAACAUACGGAACACCACAAGAGCAGCAACAGGCGCCCUCACAAACAUACGGAACACCACAACAGCAGCAACAGGCGCCCUCACAAAGCUAUGGAGCUCCACAACAACAGUUACAAGUUCCUUCACAAACUUAUGGAGCACCACAACAGCAACAGGCGCCCUCACAAACAUACGGAGCACCACAACAGCAGCAACAGGCGCCCUCACAAACAUACGGAGCACCACAACAGCAGCAACAGGCGCCCUCACAAAGCUACGGAGCACCACAACAGCAGCAACAGGCGCCCUCACAAACAUACGGAGCACCACAACAGCAGCAACAGGCGCCCUCACAAACAUACGGAGCACCACAACAGCAGCAACAGGCGCCCUCACAAACAUACGGAGCACCACAACAGCAGCAACAGGCGCCCUCACAAACAUACGGAGCACCACAACAGCAGCAACAGGCGCCCUCACAAAGCUACGGAGCACCACAACAGUCCCCUCAGAAGCCGUCUCAGAGUUAUGGCGCCCCGCAACAGAACCAGAAUGGUGGUUACGGACAGCGACAGAAUAACGGUGGCGGCUUCAGAGCACGACAGAACAGCGGUGGCGGCUAUGGAGGACAACAGAACAAUGAAGGCGGCUUUGGAGGACAGCAGAAUGGCGGAGGCGGCUAUGGGGGACAACAAAACAAUGGAGGCGGCUUUGGAGGAAAACAGAACGGCGGAGGCGGCUAUGGAGGACAACAGAACAAUGAAGGCGGCUUUGGAGGACAGCAGAACGGCGGAGGCGGCUAUGGGGGACAACAAAACAAUGAAGGCGGCUAUGGAGGACAGCAGAAUGGCGGAGGCGGCUAUGGUGGACAGCAAAACAAUGAUGGCGGUUAUGGCAACGAGGGGCACAUGAAGGGGAUGCCAUACGGGUUCGACUAUGCCGUGAAUGAUAUGUACACUGGAACAGACUUCUCGCAGAAAGAAUCGUCGGACGGAAACGUGGUCACAGGCGAGUACAGGGUGCAGCUCCCAGACGGGCGCUUGCAGAUCGUUACUUACACCGCCGACCACGAGAGCGGCUUCGUCGCCAAUGUUCGAUACGAGGGAGAAGCACAGUACCCACAGGGCAAUGCAAACGGUGGCGGUCAUGGGAACAAAGGUGGUGACAACGGAGGAUAUGGUCAACAGAAUGCAAACGCAGGCAGUUAUGGAGGACAACAGAACAGCGGAGGCGGCAGCAGCUACGGAGAACAACAGAACAACGGAGGAGGCAGCAGCUACGGAGAACAACAGAACAACGGAGGCGGCAGCAGCUAUGGAAGACAACAGAACAACGGAGGCGGCAGCAGCUAUGGAGGACAACAGAACAACGGAGGCGACAGCAGCUACGGAGGACAACAGAACAACGAAGGCGGCAGCAGCUACGGAGGGCAACAGAACAACGGAGGCAGCAGCUAUGGAGGACAACAGGACAACGGAGGCGGCAGCGGCUACGGAGGGAAACAGAACAACGGAGGCAGCAGCUACGGAGGGCAACAGAACAACGGAGGCAGCAGCAGCUACGGAGGGCAACAGAACAACGGAGGUGGUAAUGUCUUUGGCAGAAAACAGACCAGCGGGAGUGGUAGCAGCUACGGGAGCAACAACAAUAAUCAGAGACUUAAUGGUACACCACAGCAACAAACCCCACAACUCUCACAGACUUACGGCACACCCACUUAGAAACCCUAAACUCAGCUCUAAUGUCAGCAUUAUUUUUCAUUUCAGUUACAACGUAAUGUUUCAUCAGCUUCAGUUUAAUCGAGAAAACUAGGCUUUCCAAGUACAGGAACGAAUACAACAUUGCCAGGGAUAUUAGAUUUUUUUUUCAGUUUUCUUUCUUUCCUAAUCUAUCAUUGUUGUUAGGAUCUGGCAAACUAUCUCUUUUUUUCAUCAUCGUAGAGCUGUCUGUAUCUGUCCACGCUCUUGUUUAUUUUAGAAACAAAACUUAAAAUUAAGUGGUGUGUCCAGAGGUGUCCUUCACUAAACGAUUCUCGAUUCAGUUUGUCCCACGAGUUGCAUUUAUUCAUUAUGAAUAAUAACAUUGUUUUAACAUUCAAUUACCUCUACUACGUUAUCAUUCCAAGAGGAAUUUUAUUCUCUAUAAGUUAUUAACAAAUUAAAUACUCCCCUAUGCGUUUCAUUGUAUAAACCGGGAGGUAUACAUCUUGACAGAAGGUGUCCAAACAUCCUGAGUUUACUGUAUAUUACGCUGUGCCAAUAGUGUGUAGUGCUGCUGAGUCUCUGUACUAUUAUGAUGGUGCUUAACCCUGUUCCUGCGAGUGUGUUACCAGGAGCUUGUCUGUACGAGGAUUAUAACCGUAAAUCAAACUGCACACGAUGAUUAGAAAAGUUAUGUACAAAGUAAUUGUAGAAAAUUUGACAAAAUAAUAAACAUUAGUAACUUUGAUAUAAUUAUACAGUACCUGCACGUACAUUGAGCUGUGAAUACUUUCUCGGUACACUCUGAACCUCUGGUAACAGUUAUUUAUGAAAGGUGUCCUAGACCUGCAGAUUGUGAUUAUACUUUCAUUUAUCAAAUGGCUAUUCAUUGAUAAACUAACUUGCAUUUUUUAAUGUUCUUUUAGGUUAUUUGAUAUUUUUGUAAUAAGAAGAAAAUAAUAAUUACAUACAUUUUUGUAUUAAUAGGUAAAUAUUAAUUGCAAAUGUGUAAUAUAUUUUUAUAAUCUAUUCAU